GUCAACUCAGUCUUUCAUAGAAGAAGCCGAUCGCGUAGUCGAGCUCUUUAGAAGAGUUUAUCCAAAUCUAUCACAGUACACAACUUAUCCGUAUAAUUGAAAGGUUUUGCCCUUGAAAACAGCUGGUCAAAAUGGCAUUAGACUGGGUUGGCAAUCUUGUUUCAAUCCAUUGUGGACCAACUCUAGGAGUCUACCAAGGGGAGAUUUCUUCAGUGGAUCAGACCAGUCAGACCAUCUCUCUCAGAAACCCCUUCCACAAUGGAGUCAAAUGCACUGUGCCUGAGGUUACCUUCAGUGCCAUGGACAUAAAAGAUCUCAAAAUUUUAGAGAUCUCCAAAAAUUCUAUUGAAGUUUCCAAGCAGAAUGGUCCAGAGUCCAGCUCCAUCACCUUGAUGCCGCACGUUGGACGCAAGGACAAGGGUGGGGGUGGUGGUGGUGGCGCCCCGGUGAACAGUGCUCCUGUGAUGGUACCUAAUAAAGCUGAACCCAGACUGCAGGAAGGAGGAGUUUCGCCAGUGCCACAUUAUUCCAAGAGUUACGGGUCGUCUAGUUGCAGAGGUCCAAAUCAGGCCACACCGAAAAAGAACGGACUCAAGAAUGGCGGUCACAUGAAGAACAAAGACGAUGAAUGUUUUGGGGAUGGAAUGGACGAUGUUCUCGAUGAGGACUUUGACUUUGAAGGGAACCUGGCGCUGUUCGACAAGGCUGCAGUGUUCUCGCAAAUCGAAUCGUCAGAACGGCGAGGAAACGGUGCGAGAUCUCGAGGGACACCUGGAGAACAAACACCAUCCAGAUACCGGCACGAUGAGAACAUCCUUGAGGCCAAACCUGUCGUUUACAGACAGAUCACAGUUCCACAGAAUGGAUCAAAAGAAUAUAGCACUGAUUCAGGUCUUGUGGUACCCAGCAUCUCCUUCGAGUUGCACAAGCGUUUGUUAGCUGCAGCAGAAAGUCACGGUCUCUCUCUGGAGCGCAGGCUUGAGAUGACGGGUGUAUGUGCGAGUCAGAUGGCUCUCACGCUACUUGGAGGACCAAACAGACUUACCCCAAAGAAUGUGCAUCAACGACCCACGGUAGCCCUGCUGUGUGGCCCUCAUGUCCAGGGAGCUCAGGGAAUCAGCUGUGGACGUCACUUGGCCAACCAUGAAGUAGAGGUCGUCCUUUUCCUGCCAAAUUUUGUCAAGAUGUUGGAGGCCAUCACCAGUGAACUAGCACUAUUCGGAAAGACGGGAGGCAGACUGGUUUCUAAUGUGAAAGACUUGCCCGAGACGCCAGUUGACCUGGUAAUAAACUGCCUGGACUCCCACGAAAACGGAUUCUUGAGAGACCAGCCAUGGUACAAGGCUGCUGCUGACUGGGCUAACCAAAAUCGAGCCCCCGUCCUGAGCAUUGACCCUCCAGUAAGCGGACAAGCACAUGCAGUGGAAGCCAAAUGGUCGCUUUCCCUGGGCCUCCCCCUUCCCCUAUCAGAAGGCGCUGGCCGAGUCUACCUAUGCGACAUCGGCAUCCCCCGACAGGUGUUCCAGGAAGUGGGAAUCAAAUAUCACUCCCCCUUCGGAUGUAAAUUCGUCAUCCCCCUGCACUCCGAAUAAGCCGCUGACUUCACGGCUCACUGAACCUGCCUUAAAGAUUUUAAGAAUGAACCCAUGCUGGUUUGAAUGUUGCCGCUGAACUGGAACUUCUCAGUCUUUUUUUCUAUACUUCAGUGAUGAUUCCCAUUAAAGGGAAGUGAUGGAAAAUACCAGCUCUUGUGACAAAUCUGAUAAGUUAAAAGCAGAACCGACAUUAGUAUACUUAACAUCUGCUUGCAUUAAUGGCCGUUUUAAUACACAAUACUGAUCUUUUUAGAUAACAAAACUUUCAUACCCCAUUCAUUGCAGUGUAAACAUCUGGCUUAAUGUUCAAAUCAUACUUUUAGCAUCUCAAAUAGAAGAACCUGCUUUUAGUUUAAAUUCUGAUUUGAAUCCAAAUUUGUUUUCAUAGAAAAAUGUGCAUUAGAUGAGGGGGUUGCCUUUUCCCCUUCUAUUUUUAUUUUUUCAUUUCGUGCCAGAUUGAUCAACGUCAUUUUCACCUCAAACUGAGAUUGAGGCAGUAAGUUUAUUCAUACAAAGUGUUGUUUGGUUUGUUGACCAAGCCUGGUGUGCUGUAAAUAUGACAGAUUGACUGGCUUCUUAUCAGUGAUAAAAACAUUGCACACUUGAAUAGGAAGCAGGAAGUGUACUGAAAACUUAGUUUGCUUGACAUUGGAUCAGCACUGAGAAUUGUAAGAGGUUACUGGCCAAUACCACCAAUUUUUCUAUUCUAAUUAGUUUGCUAUGCUUCACCUCAUUUAUGUUUGUUUUCAUUUUUGGUGGCCAGAAAAAAAUUACCUAUGAAAUCCAGUUUUAGGGUUUCAAAUUAAGUCAGUAUACUGAAAACUAAGUUUGGUUGACUUUGGACCAGUACUGAGCAUUUUAAGCAGUUAUAUUGGCCAAUUCCACUAAUUUUCCUAUUCUAAUUAUUAUUGCUAUGUUUCACCUCAUUUCAAGUUACCUACAAAAUCCAGUUUUGGGGCUUCAGAUUGAGUCAGCAUUGUCAAAACUUAGUUUGCUUGACAUUGGAUCAGUACUGACAAUUGUAAGCAGUUAUUGGCCAAUACCAUCAAUUUUCCAAUUCUAAAUAAUAUUGCCAUGCACCUCAUUUAUGUUUGUUUUCAUUUUUGCUGGUCAGAAAAAAAAAUUACCUAUAAAAUCCAGUUUUAGGGUUUCAGAUCGAGUCAGCGUACUAAACUUGGGUUGGUUGACAUUGGACCAGUACUAAGCAUUGUAAGCAGUUAUUGGCCAAUACCACCAACUUCCCUUUUCUAAUUAUCAUUGCUAUGCUUCACCUCAUUUACGUUUGUUUUCAUUUUUGGUGGUCAGAAGAAAAAUUACCUUCGAAAUCCAGUUUUAGGGUUUCAGAUUGAGUCGGCAAAUUGAAAACUUAGUUUGGUUGAGAUUUGGGCCAGUACUGAACAUUUUAAGCAGUCAUUGGCCAAUACCACCAGUUUUCCUAUUCUAAUUAUUAUUGCUAUGCUUUUUCUCGCUUACGUUUGUUUUCGUUUUGGGUGGUCAGAAAGAAAUCAUCUAAAAACCUAAAAAUAGAUUUCGUAGGUGAGUCAGCGUACUGAAAACUUAGUUUGGUUGACAUUGGACUAGUACUGAGCAUUUUAAGAAGUUAUUGGCCAAUACCACCAAUUUUCCAAUUCUAAAUAAUAUUGCUAUGCUUCACCUAAUUCAUGUUUGUUUUCAAUUUUGGUGGUCAGAAAAACAAUUACCUUUGAAAUCCAGUUUACUUAGUUUGGUUGACAUUGGACUAGUACUGAGCAUUGUAAGCAGAUAUAUUGGCCAAUUCCACCAAUUGUCCUAUUCUAAUUAUUAUUACUAUGCCUCACAUCAUUUAUGUUUGCUUCCAUUUUCGGUGGUCUGAAAAAAAGUUACCUACAAAAUCCAGUUUUAGGGUUUCAGAUUGAGUCAGCGUACUGAAAACUUUGUUUAUUGACCAUGGACCAGUUCUGUUUAUUUUAAGCAGUUACAGGCCAAUGCCACCAGUUUAUCCAUUUAAACUAUUAUCGCUAUGCUUCACCUCAUUUAUGUUUGUUUCCGUUUUUUUGUGGUCAGAAAAAAAUCACCUACGAUAUCUAGUUUUAGGGAUUCAGAUUGAGCUAACAUACUAAAAACUUAGUUUGGUUGACAUUUGGACCAGUACUGAGCAUUGUAAGCAGUUAUUGGCCAACACCACCAAUUUUCCAAUUCUAAUUAUUAAUGCUAUACUUCACCUCAUUUAUGUUUGUUUUCGGUGUUCAGAAAAGAAAUAACUCACGGAAUCCAGUUUUAGGGUUUCCGAUUGAGCCAACGUUGUUUGUUUGGUUAUACCAAACAAGGAUCUUUUAUUAGGAGAGAUGCUUCAUGUGUUGCAGUAAACCUGCUUACUGAAAUUAAUGCGUGAUUUUAUUACACGUCAUAAUAUUGUGCGCACAAACCCAUAAUUCAGUGAGCCCAAGUACUUUUGGGUAACGUAUGAAGAGUUUUUCAGGGAGCACUGAUAAAGGCAACUUUAUUCACUCCUUCAAACUUAAUAUGAGAGGCACUUACAAGACAAAAGUCAUCUAUAAAAGAUUGAUAUGAUAGAAAUAAAUCAAUGUGAUAGAAAUAAACUUUGAAAUGUUUUACAGCUGAAACCAGGAAAUAAGGUACUGCUUUCAUCAGAUUCAUUUGCUUUUUUUCUAAAUAUCUUUUUGGUAAACCUUUAUUGUGACAUCUCCCAAACUUCUCUUUUUUUCUGUUGUAUGAUCUUUGUCAUGUUCUCUUGGUCAUUGUAUGUUUAUUUCUUAUACUUUAAAAAAAAAACUUUGGGUUAAGCUAUGUACAAUCUAGGGGUGACGUCACUAAAGUUGACCUCUUCAGGUGUCUAAAAUUUCUUGUCUUAAGUGUUUGGAGAAACUAGAAACCAACAGACCUUAUACAUCAGCUAUUCUUAGUGAUGCGGGGGGAACAAAAAGCUCAAUGUGAAUUGUUCUUUUUUUUCUGUUGAUGUUUGUCUAAGUUCACUGGUACAGCCUUUGAUGGCUGUUGGAGAGCCGUUUGGUUCACUGAAAUACAUUUUGAGCUUAAAAACCAAGACUAAAUGGGAAAGGAAAUUAAUGAACGAUAAUUAAUGAUGCUAAUGAAAUUCCAUUGUUCCAUGUUUUGAGAACACCGAAUAGUGAAAUCCAUUUUAUAGUGGACGAGUACAUGCGUGUCUAAUUAUUCAGCAAAUCCAGCUCUAUAAGAGUUUAAAAAUGUUGCCAAAAUCCACUUGUUACUUGAGAUUAGAAAUAUUACUGCUGUAUUACUGGUUUGCAGAAAAAAAAAAAAAACCAUUCGGCUUUAAUUAAUAAUAACUGCAGAGCCCAGUCGUAAUAUUCAGUUGAAUAUUGUUUCAUACCUCAGCACUGCAUAUACUUAGAUGUUAAAAUGCAGUUUGAGAUAAAUCAUUCCUCUAUAGGAGUUUGCUUCUAAAAUCUAUGACCAAACUGUCUUGAGCAAUUGAAGAAGUGUUGUUGAUGUUCAUUUGCGUGGCUCCUCAAUAUUUGUCACAAUGACAUCACUGAAGGUUCCAGGAGGUUUUGUUCAGUAUCUUUGAAAAAAAAAAAAAAGAAGCAUAUUUUUGGUUCAUUUCCAUUCUCGUAGCUUUUUCUUCACAGAAGCAUGAGAUAAAGGUUGUUAGCGUUGCAUAACUUUAUCAUUUAUCUCUGCACCUGUUGUAAAAGGGAAGAUGCAAUUUUGUGAAUUUGUUCAGGCAACAAACUUGUUACCAUUAAUUAUAAAUUAACAACAUAUCUGUUCAGAAUAGUUCUGAUAUCACUGGAAACCUUACAUGCUCAACUUUGUCAACCUUGAAAUGCAAGGACUGAAUAAAUAAAGAGAAUGGAAAUAUGGCUGUG